AUGAACAAAGAAGAGAUUUACAUAAUCCGCCCUACUCGUUCCAAGCUAUUGAUUGUUUGGUCGGUAAUUGAAGUUGGUUUUACAUCACUUCUAUUUGCAACGAGUUUUUUCUUUCUUUUUGCAAACUCAAAAGUAAUUCAAAGGGGUCCUCCUGCAUUUCAAUUGAGGAUUCAAUCUGACUCAAUAUUUGCCAAAAAUACAUUCCAGCUUAUCCAACAAGGACUAAAAUUUGCAACGUAUUUGUCCAAUGAUUUGAACAUUUACAUUAACGAAACUAUUCCAGAAACCUAUCUCCAACAAAUCGAUUCUAAUUACGACAAUAGUUUGUACCUGUUUAAUAUUUUUGGAUUCUGUCGGCUAACCCAAUUUAACAAAAUAUUGAAUUGUUAUAAUGGACAAGGAAUAAACAUUGCUGCAUGUUUUCUUCAAGAUAUAGGAACGCAACUAGGAAAUUUGACGAACCAGUCUGAUCCAAGUAACGUUUCUGCAAAGUUAGUUUCCUUCUAUUACAAUUUAGUGGACCAGAUUUGCAGUGACACUCAGAAAGAAAUGUGUAUUUUGCAAACAUAUAAUACAAUGUCAAGGAUAGUUCAAUAUCUUGCAUUUUCGUCUUUGGUGUGUUUAGCUAUUACAACAGUCACUGCUUUAUUUGAAAUGGUUUGUUAUUGUAUUUUUGCAAGAUCUUUGAUCAGAGUGUUUUUCAUUGUCAAAGUCGUUUGCAUGUUGGGCUUUGUUUUCACAAUGUGUAUAGUAUACUGUCUAAUUAUGGUAAUGAGAAACUUUUUAACAGAUUUAAUAACACAGUUCCAGAUUGGAACCCUUGAGUUCCCCACCAUAAAAUGGAUAACGUGGUGUGUUUUAACAUUAAUGUGUCUAAUAAUUGUUGUGAAACGAUAUCUUAUAUACCAGUCUAUUUAG